AUGGAGGCCCCUAUUGUUCACUAUAACCGUGCUGAAUAUAUCGAGACCGAUACAGGAAACAAAGUCAGUAGAAAAUCAGUCAUUUGUGGUAGUCAGAACAUCAUCCUUGGAGGAAAAACUAUCAUCCAAACAGAUUGUGUGAUUCGCGGUGAUCUUCGUCGCACGGGAGGUGGGCAUGCGGUAGUUAUAGCUAUUGGUAGAUAUUGCUUGCUAUCUCAAAGUUCGGUUAUACGGCCACCUUACAAGACAUACAAAGGCAUCUUUAGUUACUAUCCAAUGAAGAUUGGAGACCAUGUCACUAUAGGCGAGGGCAGUAUUGUGGAGGCAGCCACCAUUGGAUCGCAUGUCAACAUUGGAAAGAAUUGCAUCAUUGGACGAUUUGCCAUCAUUAAGGAUUGCUGUUCCAUUACAGACAAUACGAUUAUACCACCAAACACAGUUGUGCCAUCAUUCAGUGUCUAUUCUGGAUCACCAGGAAAAUAUCAGGAUGAGCUGCCUGAAUGCACACAGGAGUUGUACGAGAACAAGACAAAAGACUAUUACGCUAAAUUCAUACCUAAAGAUUAA